GGUGAAGCCUAUAUAGACUAAUCUGUGCCUAUAUAAAUUCUGUUUCUGUGCAAUGGUAAUGGUCGUCCAAUAAUGUCUGCAGCAAGUAAACAUCGUUACGCAUCACGGCAUCACGCGCCACGGUUCUUAUGGAUGGAAGUGUAGAGGUGCCUCCAAAAUUUGAGAUUUCGGCCGCUACAAGAAAUCUAAAAUCGCGGUGGAAGUGUUCUAUCAAUUUGCGUGACCAGUGCUUAAAUUAGCAGUACAUCAUCAUUCCAACUUCUCGCCAUGAAGUUGGUGGAUAAUGUCGUCCGCAGCUUUAAGGUUGCGAAGGUAUUCCGCGAAAAUACGGAUAAGAUAAAUAACAUAGACUUUUCUGCCAGUGGAGAUACUUUAAUAUCGUGCAGUGAAGAUGAUCAAAUUGUUAUUUAUGACUGUGAAAAAGGAACCCAAAUGCGAACGGUAAACAGCAAAAAGUAUGGUGUGGAUCUGAUUCACUUCACCCAUGCAAAGAACACAGCCAUUCACAGCUCUACCAAAAUCGACGAUACAAUUAGAUAUUUAUCUCUUCAUGAUAACAAAUACAUUCGUUACUUCCCUGGUCACUCCAAGAAAGUGGUCACGAUUUGUAUAUCACCAAUAGAGGAUUCAUUUUUGUCUGGUUCUCUCGACAAAACGUUACGUUUGUGGGAUCUGCGGUCUCCUAACUGUCACGGUUUAAUGCAUUUAUCCGGUCGUCCUGUAGCAGCCUAUGAUCCUGAAGGACUCAUCAUUGCGGCUGGUGUUAAUUCUGAGAGUAUAAAACUGUAUGAUCUCCGAUCCUUUGAUAAAGGACCCUUCCUUACGUUUAAACUUAAUCAAGAAAAAGAAUGUGACUGGACGGGGCUGAAGUUUAGUCAAAAUGGGAAAACCAUUUUAAUAUCUACGAAUGGCUCCAUUAUUAGGCUAAUAGAUGCAUUUCAAGGUACACCCCUACAGACAUUCACGGGUCAUUUAAAUAAUAAAGGUAUUCCAAUCGAAGCAUCAUUCAGUCCCGAUUCCCAGUUUAUUUUCAGUGGGUCCACAGAUGGUAGAAUUCAUGUAUGGAAUGCUAAUACUGGUUACAAAGUGUGUGUGCUCAACGGCGAUCAUCCUGGCCCUGUACAGUGUGUUCAGUUUAGUCCUAAGUACAUGAUGUUGGCAUCUGCUUGCACGAAUAUGGCAUUUUGGCUUCCAACUGCAGAUGAAUCCUAAAUCCGAA